CCAGGACAGGCUUGAGGCACAGUUACUGAACUGAUCCCUCAUCCUCUACUUCUACUCUUCCUACUACUAAUGCUAAUAAUAACAAGUAAACCUCAAUUCAGUUUACCUGCAAUCGGGAACCUUGCCCCUGUUCUUCCCGAUUGGAUCACCAGUCUGCCGGUCAUCCCUUGACUCCACCCCGCUGCAGCUCACCUGUAUGGCGGGGGCGGGUCUCUCCAAGCUGCCUCGCUGUGCGCUUCCAGCUCCGCGGUUCAGUCGGAGCUCCAGUGAGGGAACGAAGCCAGCAUGACUCGGACUUCGCGGCUUUACCGGCUGCUCGGCGGGCUGCUGCUGCUGCUGCUGCCCGCUCUCUGUGCAGCUUGUGAGCUGACCCUGUAUUCCCACAGUAUCCAGCUCUGUCUGAUAGACUUCGAGGAGCAGAUGAACAGGACCUCCCCACAGCGCAGGUGUGACUGGACUGUCCUCUCCAGCCUCUAUGAAGACCUGACCGUGUGCACCGAGGUACUGGCUCACACUCUGCAGUGUGCCUGGCCGAACCCCGAGGUGGACUCCCUGUUUGUGGGGGUUCAUGGCCGCUGGCUGAAGGCCUGCCCUCGCUACAUUGCCCCGCUCCAUGACCCCCCCCUCUUUGUGCUCGUGCCUCUCAUCCUGGCUCCUGUCCUCUCCACCCUCCUGGUCACUGCUCUCGUUGUCUGGCUGGGCAAGCGGAGCGAGGGGAGGCUGUGAGUCUAGAACCUCCUGCAGCCUAGAAUAGGACUAAAGUGCAAUCCAGGAUACUCUAGAAAAAAGGUUCUCCACAUUACCCUGGAACACAUUGGAACAACAGCUAUUGAGGACUAAAGUACCCCAGAAUCCAGAAUAUUACAGAAUGUUCCACACUGCUCUAGAACACUCUAGCACAGGGGUUCUCAGCCGGGGGUCAGCUGCCCCCUAGGCGGCCUGGAGGAGGGUUCAAGGGGUCCUCCAAAAAUAAACCAGAGAAUGUGUUAUUGUCCCUGCUUGCCUGUGACACGCUGAGACCUGUUAGCUUCAUCGUGUCAGCAACAUCCUCAGAAAUGAACCUGUUCUCAGGUGUUGUGUAUAGUAGAGGCAUUUCAGAGGGAGCAUGACUGAUUACAAAGCAGAGGAAAAAUCACUGGAAACACGCACAGUAAAUACCAGGUAUGGAUACAGUUUUAAUUUGACUAUCAGCAUCACAACAACAAACCCCACAGAAUGAUGAUCCAGAACUCCCUUCAGCUAGUUCAACUGUAAGGGCUGAAGAGCAGCGAGGAGGUGGUGUUGUGAGGAAAAAACACAAAGCCCUUAUUAACCCUGCAAAAUGAAAGAACUACCAAGACUAUGGGCUGCCAGUGUAAAAAAAGCGUUACUAUUUGAAUGUGUCUUUUCUUCCAGAUUUAACUUAAAUCUUGGAUUUCUUUCUCCAGAUUUAUAAAUGUUGUAAAAAUAAAC